UUAGGUGCGCUAACAGCCAUGUUUGCAAAGAAAAAGAAACGCGUUGAGAUCUCUGCCCCGUCAAAUUUUGAGCACCGGGUACACACUGGAUUUGAUGAGCAAGAGCAGAAAUUCACCGGCCUCCCUCGGCAAUGGCAGAGCCUGAUCGAGGAGUCGGCUAAGAGGCCCAAACCUCUGGUGGACCCAGCAUGCAUCACUGCAAUUAGACACGCCCCUCAGAAGACCAUCGUACGUGGAAACAAGUUAUCUCGAGAUGGGUCUCUGGCGUGGCUCCUUGACGAGUUUGAUAACAUGUCUGUGUGCCGCUCCAACUCCUUGCGCAAGGACAGCCCUCCAUCUUAUCCCCGGGAUGACAGAUUGCCACAGGAGAAUGGAGUGAGUGAUCGGCGAAUAAGACAUUCACACGAUGACGUGGGAAGAGGAUCUGAAAGAAUAAGGCAGGAGCAUCACCAUGGAAAGGAACGGCCAAGGGAACAACAGAGAGUAGCUCCUCAACAACCUCGGGGGCAGGAACCAAGCAACAAGCACCGCCCUCCCCCACCAGACUACCCUAAAUCCCAUGAACACAGAGCUUCUCGUACUCAUGAAAGAGUUGAUGUGAGGAAGGAGAACCUGGAAAUUAACCGGGAGUACAGUGAACCUGCUGAUCGUGUUGUUAGAAGGGAGAAAGGAGAAGAGAAGAGACCAAAAUCCUCUUACACAGGGGGUGAGGGCAGCCCGCAGUCACCCAGAGAUAAGCGGCCACUGUCAGGCCCCAAUAUCAGGACUCCAAGCAACCCUCCUAGUGAGGGAUCAGGGAAACCUACACAGCAGGCAGGACGACCGUUCAACACCUACCCAAGGGCAGACACAGAUCCCAACAGAGGGGGCUCCAACCAGGAAUCUCGCACCACAGUACCACUCGACCAGAAAAUCCCAGCUGGCAAAGUUUCAUCUAGGCAGCAGCAAGGCCAGACUAAGCCCAAACCUCCUGAGAAACCUCUUCCCUCUGGCCUUUCUCCUCACAGCUCAGACCCUCAGCUUUCAAGACCCGCACAGUCCCAACCACCACCUCCACCCGCUCAACCUCGCUCACCACAAAGAGAACCUCAGUGGGUGUCUCACGAGCAGUUUCGGGCAGCUUUGCAGAUGGUGGUGGAUCCUGGUGACCCAAGGACAUACUUGGACAACUUCAUCAAGAUUGGGGAAGGUUCAACAGGCAUUGUGUGCAUUGCUUCUGUCAAAAGCACGGGGAAGUUAGUGGCUGUGAAAAAGAUGGACCUGCGCAAGCAACAGAGGAGGGAGCUGCUCUUCAAUGAGGUGGUGAUAAUGAGGGAUUACCAGCAUGAGAAUGUGGUGGAGAUGUACAACAGUUACCUAGUGGGUGAUGAGCUCUGGGUCGUCAUGGAGUUUCUGGAAGGUGGAGCCCUAACUGACAUUGUCACUCAUACUAGAAUGAACGAAGAACAAAUAGCGGCCGUCUGUGUGUCUGUACUUAAAGCACUCUCUGUCCUACAUGCACAAGGCGUCAUCCAUCGUGAUAUUAAGAGCGAUUCCAUUCUGCUUACACAUGAUGGCCGGGUAAAGCUUUCAGACUUUGGAUUUUGUGCACAAGUCAACAAGGAAGUACCACGUCGUAAGUCUCUGGUUGGGACUCCCUACUGGAUGGCUCCUGAACUGAUCUCAAGGUUACCUUAUGGACCAGAGGUGGACAUAUGGUCUCUGGGCAUUAUGGUGAUAGAGAUGGUGGAUGGAGAACCCCCUUAUUUUAACGAACCCCCACUGAAAGCAAUGAAAAUGAUUUGGGAUAAUUUACCCCCUAAACUGAAAAAUGCACAGAAGGUUUCCCCAUUGCUAAAGGGGUUUCUGGAUCGGCUCUUGGUGAGGGAACCUGGCCAACGAGCCCCAGCUAAUGAGCUUCUGAAACAUCCUUUCCUAGGGAAGGCCGGCCCACCCUCUUGCAUCGUUCCUCUGAUGAGACAGAAUAGAAUGAGAUGAGGAGUUGGGAGAUGUCAGACCAAAGACUGACCUUAUUUUGGGGGGCAGGGAGAUGAAUGUGUCAGCCAAACCCACCUCAAUGUUGUUCCAGGAAACCUGGGUAAAAACUACUAAAUCAUUACUCUUCCAACAUAAACUUCUAGAUCAGCACCAAUCACAACCCUAUUUGAUCUUUUUAUAAGUUGCAGUUAAUCUCCCUCCCUAGGAGCAUUAAGAUGGUAAGACCGACACUGUCUCACCUGCCUUAGAGUGCUCAGGUAAUUUAUUUGGUAAGGAAACAUGAACAGUAUGGCCUUAUCAUGGGAAUAAGAAGAUACCAAGACAAAACUCAAAAUUCAUCUCCAACGGGAAUGUUUGCACAUUGUGUUUAACUAAACUUGGAUAAUUUUUGUUCUCUGGAGAGCACUUGGAUAAACACAAAAUAUGCACAUGUUUAUAUGAAAAUCUGGGAGAAU